AUGCCUCCAAAAAAGGUAGACAAGACAUUGCAACUGAAAGGACGAGAGGCGGAGGACUUAAUUGAGCGUUAUCUUAUUGAGCAAUAUAGACCGUUUGGAGUUAAUGAUAUUGUACAAAACCUACACAAUAGAGUAACGAAGACGAAUGCUACCAAGGCACUGGAGACACUGGUAUCACAGGACCGUAUUAUAUGCAAGUUAUUUGGCAAGGCCGCCAUAUACUGCUGCAAGGAACAACAGCUGCAACUCCCACCCAAUGUGACAGAGGAGGAAAUUACCAUCGAGGCCCUUGAGCAGCUGAGGGAAGAGUGCAACGCUUUAAAUUCCGACAUUAACGAGUGGCAAACGCAACUGAACCAGCUGACUAGAGACCCUACGAAUAUUGAACUUAUUGAACAGAUUAACCAGAGAAAAGUAGAGCUCGAGGAAACUAAAACAAGACUAGAGGCACUAGAGCAGGGUUGGAAGCCGCAGCACGCGGAGGUAACCAGUAAGCUAGUUAGUCAGAACAAGGUGCUGGAGAAGGCUAUCAAGAAGCGGAAGAAAAUUAUGCAGGAGGCCGUCGCGCUGGUACUAAGCACGCAGAACAUUACUGGCGAAACCGCAAAAGCAGAUUAUCUUGAAGAGCUUGGCUUUGAACCUCUAACUCCGAUUCGCUAG